AUGACGGAUGUGAUAUUAGUCCACGAGCACAGGGGAGAACCUGACGGCCUCGUUGUCUGCCACCUGCCGUUCGGACCGACCGCCUACUUUGGUAUGUCUGGCGUGGUCCUUCGCCACGACCUCGCCGAGAAGCCUCCCACCGUCUCCGAGGCGAAUCCGCAUCUGAUCUUCCAUGGCUUCACCUCGAAGAUCGGCCGGCGCGUGCAGACGAUCCUCCAGGCAUUGUUCCCGCCGGCCAAGGUGCUGGGCGACCGUGUCAUGACCUUCGCGAACUGCCACGACACGGUGCAGUUCCGGCACCACACCUUCACGAGGCCCAAGGGCCCCGGCGGCGAGGAGCACAAGUCCAAGGCCGCCGCGGUGGAGUUGGACGAGUGCGGGCCCCGCUUCUCCCUCCGGCUGUUCCGGAUCGAGCUGGGCGCCAUAGACAUGAAGGACGUGCAGGUCGAGUGGGUCCUGCGGCCGUACUUCAACCGCCAGAAGGAGGCGCUCGCCGACGCAGAGGAAGAGGGCCAGGACUCCAAGGCCGCAGCGUGA